UUUCUUUUACUAGAUCUUCCAUAAGCGCAUGCCACCGGAAGCUGUUGAUUUGGUGUCAAGACUACUUCAAUACUCCCCUAUCCUGCGGUGCACAGCAUUAGAUGCGUUGACUCAUCCUUUCUUUGAUGAGCUUCGUGACCCAAACACUCGCUUGCCAAAUGGCCGCUUCCUUCCACCACUAUUUAAUUUCAAAUCUCAUAAACUGAAGGGAGUCCCCGUUGAAACCUUGGUGAAAUUAGUUCCCGAGCAUGCAAGGAAGCAGUGCCCGUUUCUUGGCUUGUGAUAUGAUGUCAUGAAAAUGUAACAAAACUCUAAGUGUUGUUUCAAUAUGAAUACCUCGCUUUUCCUCUAUUUAUAAUGUGAUAUUUGUUGCUAGCUGUGUUGUUGGUUGGCUGGUUGCCAUGUAAAAGUAGAGAUAUAUGUCUAGUACUUAUAUAUGUUACCCAACCCUCAACGGGGGUAUUCACAAUGCCCUGUUUCGUGUAUCAAAAGCUGAUUGCAACAUGCAAUAGAAGACAAAAAAUGUUUGCAAUUAUCUUAAUGAUGUAUUUGUUGAGACAGCGAUGGGUUGUUGGCUAGUUUAGUUAUUGGUUGUAGCGUGGUAGUUGGAUGUUUUGAUGGCCUUAUUAUAUCUCUGCAUCUUUAUUUUUCCACCUCCUUUUCCUUUGUUUGGUAAUCCGUGGUGGAACGACAUUGGACUUGGUCACCAUGGUUGUCUAUCAUUGCUGUAUUGGGUGUAUUCAAAUUCAUAAAUGUAAUUGCAUUGUUCCUUCGUUAAU